CCUCCGCUUAGUUCAAUACGUGCGGCACGAGACAAUAAUAACAAGAUCAAUAUAACAGUAGCAAUAACAAAGAACGAUGCACAAGUUACUCCGUGGCGUUGCAUGUUGCCAACAUGCCGCCAGCAGCGGAGCUAACGCUAAUCCAAUAUUUAUCCAGCAACUGGGUCGCCGCCUGCUGAGCGGAGCGACAAGUCCAUCCGACGAGCAGGUGUUGAGUAAACGCAAAUUUCAGCCGCAUCAUGCCGACGAUCUGAAUGGGCAGCUGGCCGGACAGCUGCCGGGACAGGCUCGUGUGGUCAUCUGUGGCGGCGGCAUUACGGGCGCCUCUGUCGCCUACCAUCUGGGCCUGCAUGGCUGGGGCGGCGAGACGCUGCUAAUUGAACAGGAUGGCGUUGGCGGCGAGCUACCGUGGAGCGCCUGCGGCCUGGCCGGUCGCUUCGAGCCCAGCUACACCGAACUGAAGCUGGCGGAGUACUCAAUUGAUCUAAUUAAGCAGCUGACGGAACGGGGAUUGCCCACCGGCUGGCGGCCAGUGGGUAGCCUGAAUCUGGCACGCUCCUUUGAUCGCAUGACCUCCUUUCAUCGCAUGAAAUCACUGGCAGUGGCCUGGGGCAUGAACUGUGAGAUCCUCACGCCGGAACAGUGCCAGCAGCACUGUUCGCUGCUCUCGGUGGACGGCAUCGAGGGUGGCCUCUGGAUACCCGAGGAUGGUGUCUGUGAUCCGCACCUCGUCUGCAACGCAUUCCUCGAGGAGGCACGCCGACUUGGCGUGCGCAUUGUGCAACACUGUGCCGUCAAGAAGAUACACAGCGCCGGUGGCAAGGUGUCGCGCGUUGACACCACCGCCGGCGACGUUAACUGCGAGUACUUUGUGAACUGCACCGGCUUCUGGGCGCGCGAGGUGGGCACACUGUCCAAGCCGGUGGUUAAAGUGCCACUCAAGGCUGUCGAGCAUCAUUAUCUGCAUACGAAGCCGAUUGCCAACCUGGAUCCGAAUACGCCGUUUGUGCGCGACUUUGACGGACGCAUCUUCUUUCGGGAGUGCGAGGGCCACAUCCUGGCUGGUGGCUAUGAGCGUGAGGCGAAGAUGGUCUACGAGGACGGCGUCAUACCGCUGUCGCAGGAGGCGCGACAAUAUCCGCCCGACUGGGAUCACUUUCACGAGCUGCUCGAUGAGCUGCUGCAGCGUGUGCCAUCGUUCCGUGAGGCAUCGCUGGACCGGCUAACCAAUUCGCUGCAAGUGUUCUCCCCGGACUGCAAGUGGAUAUUGGGCGAGGCGCCAGAGAUACAAAACUAUUAUGUGGCCGCCGGCAACAAGACGAUGGGCGUGUCCGCCUCUGGUGGCAUCGGUCGCGUACUCACCGAUCUCAUCACGAAAGGCUCAACGUAUCUGGAUCUGCACAUCCUGGACAUCAGUCGUUUCCUCGGUCUGCACAACAAUCGCAAAUUUCUGCGCGAUCGCUGCAAGGAGGCACCCGGCAAACACUUUGAGAUCAACUAUCCAUUCGAGGAGUUCCAAACCGGUCGCAAUCUGCGCAUGUCGCCCAUCUAUCCGCAGCUGCAGGAAGCGGGCGCCGUCUUCGGCCAGUCGAUGGGCUACGAAAGACCCAACUACUUUGAUCCAAAUGAUAAGCAAGAUGAGUUUGGAUUGCCGCGCUUUCGCAUCUCACAGACGCGCACGUUUGGCAAGCCGCCGUGGUUCGAUCAUGUGGCCACCGAGUAUCGUGCCUGUCGCGAACGCAUCGGGAUUGCCGACUACAGUUCCUUUACCAAGUACGAUUUGUGGUCGAAGGGCAACGAGGUUGUCGACCUGUUGCAGUAUCUCUGCUCCAACGAUGUGGAUGUCGCCGUUGGCUCAAUUAUCCACACCGGUAUGCAGAAUCACAACGGUGGCUAUGAGAACGACUGCUCCCUGGCACGUCUAUCGGAUCGACACUAUAUGAUGAUUGCGCCAACCAUACAGCAGACGCGCUCGAUGAGCUGGAUACACAAACAGACGCCGGAUCAUCUGCGCGCCAAGGUCAAUGUGGCUGAUGUGACCUCCAUGUACACUGCCAUUUGUAUACUGGGCCCCUAUUCGCGAAUUUUACUCUCGGAGCUGACAGACACAGAUCUAACACCGCAGAGCUUUCCCUUCUUUACGUACAAGGAACUCGAUGUGGGCCUGGCCGAUGGCAUCCGUGUGCUAAACAUCACGCACACCGGCGAACUGGGCUAUGUUAUGUAUAUACCCAAUGAGUAUGCGCUGCAUGUCUAUUCGCGACUGCAUCAGGCUGGUCAGAAGUUUCAAAUACAGCAUGCAGGUUACUAUGCAACAAGGGCGUUGCGCAUUGAGAAGUUCUAUGCGUUCUGGGGUCAGGAUUUGGACACGUUCACCACGCCGAUGGAGUGCGGACGCAGUUGGCGGGUUAAACUCAAUAAACCGAUUGACUUUAUUGGACGUAAAGCGCUUCUGAUGCAGCGAGAGGAGGGCGUGAAGCGGAUGUAUGUGCAGUUGUUGCUCAACGAUCAUGAUCAUGAGGUGGACACGUGGUGUUGGGGCGGAGAGCCCAUCUAUCGGGAUGGCGUUUAUGUGGGCAUGACGACAACAACCGGAUAUGGAUAUACGUUCGAGAAGCAGGUCUGCUUGGGAUUUGUGCGCAACAUUGAUGAGCAGGGCCACGAGCUGGCCGUGAGCAACGAGUACGUGCUGUCCGGGCACUACGAGGUGGAGGUGGCCGGCGUGCGGUUCGAGGCCAAGGUUAACCUGCACUCGCCCAACCUGCCCACCAAGUUCCCGGAUCGCGAACGCGCGGCCUACCAUGCGACGCGCGACAAACCCGACCAGGCAGAUCUGCUCUCGUUCAACUCAAAUCUGACGAUGACGCGCCAGUGAACCCAACCCAACCCAUCCGUCGCCCCACAGCCAACCGAAAAUGUUCGUCAUUGCGCUGUUUCCCUUAGAUUUGAUUUGAUUUGAGUUGAUUUCGUUGCGUUUUCUUUCGAUUCGGUUCGUUCGCUCGACCUUUUCUCGAGUCUCAAUUGCAAAGCGAUAUUAGUCCUAUAACACUAUAUAGAAAUAUAUAUAUAUAUAU